CAUGUACCGAAUAUCCAUAGCGUGGUCCAGAAUCCUACCUACAGGUUAUGCCAACCAGAUCAAUCAAGAUGGAAUCGACCACUACAACAAAGUCAUCGACAGCAUGCUGGCAAAAAAUAUAGAACCCUUUGUGACACUUUAUCACUUCGACCUUCCACAACCGCUGCAGGAUUUAGGAGGAUGGACCAACCCCGAGGUCGUGGUACCCAAUUUCGUUGACUUCGCACGAGUUGCUUUUGAACAGUUUGGAGACAGAGUGAAGUACUGGGCCACGUUCAACGAGCCAAACAUAUUUGCAACAGGCUACGCCUCCACCGGUUCUCAGGCUCCUAGCAUAAAUGCGUCAGGUAUCGGCGACUACCUUGUCUCCUACUCGGUGAUCAAGGCUCACGCCGAGGUGUGGCACAUGUACGACAAGGAAUUCCGUCCGCAGCAGAACGGGCAAGUCGGCAUAGCACUCAACUGCGAAUGGCAACAGGCCAAGACCAAUUCUACAGAAGACGUGGAGGCAGCCGAGCGAACGUUGCAGUUUAAAAUUGGUCUGUGGCUGCACGCCAUUUACUCCGAGGAAGGAGAUUACCCGAGGGUGGUCCGAGAGAGAGUCGACAGGAACAGCAAACUAGAAGGAAGAAAACGGUCGCGUCUGCCGCGUUUCACCCCGGAAGAAAUUCGUUACUUCAGACAUGCUUCCGACUUCUUGGGAAUCACACACUACUCAUCGCAGCAAAUCACUAACGGAACGUCAGGCAGCAUUCCAUCCAUGCAGUAUGAUAUCGGGGCUGUCAGCGGCCUCUUAGAUGGCUACCCAGUAGUUGAUUCUUCACCUGUUAAAGACCAAAUUGUUCCGUGGGGGCUGCGCAGAGUACUCAACUGGCUUGCUAAGUCGUACCCUGGUUUCCCCAUAAUGAUCGUCGAGAAUGGUUGCUCGGACCCUGGCACCCUGGAAGACAACCAGCGUAUCUCCUACACUGGGUGCUACAUGGCGGAGGUUCUGCGGGCGAUUCACGAAGACGGAGUGGACGUUAAAUCCUACCUCAUCUGGUCCAUCAUAGACAAUUUCGAAUGGUCGGCCGGAUACACGAACAAGUACGGCUUGUACCAAGUCAACAUGAGUGAUCCACAGCGCACAAGGACACCUAAGGCUUCUGCGAGCUUUGUGAAGAAGAUUUAUCAAUCGCAGACAGUGCCACUGGAAUACUUCAGUGCUGACACAUCUGACUUGAACUCAAUUUGUUACACGGCGGUUAAUGGAGACACAUCCUCCAAUCGUCUCCUGCACAACACAGCCGGCGCCGGCGAACGUGUGGAGCACCAGAGGACUCGCCAUUCCAAGAAAGCAGGAAAGCAGCAGCAGCAGAGGCGCCGACUGCAGCAGCCGCGGCAAAAGCAGGCUCGCGCCCCACAUGGAAAUCGGUAGAUAUUUCUCAGUGAAGAAUAGUAACACAAAGACGACACCAUCUAAGGAGUAAAUGACCGAAAAUGCAGUCGCAUUCGCCUCUGUGUGAACAAAUUCUUCAAUUUUAAAAAAAUCAUCACAAUUCAUAUAAAAUCCGUCAACAGUAAUUCCAAGGAGUGACGAGUAUAGCGUGGAGCAACUGAAUUGCAUCAGGAAUUGUGAGACCACUACGCUUCAAACUUCAUUGCGUUCUGAUAUCUUUAACAGUUCAUUUCUGGUGGUCAGUGCAAGCUGCAAGUGUAAACUGAAGACUAAAAAUUAUUUGUCAUGUCAGGACAAAAUUAAUAAUCACAUCAGAUGAAUUCGCAGUUGCGAAUAAUGAUUACCAUCAGCUGUAGAAUGGAAUGACGACAGUGAAAAUUUGUGCCAUACCAGGACUCGAACACGUAUUCACCACUUAUCGCGAGCGGUCGCCUUACCUUUCUUUUCUUCUGCUUUUUGUUGAACUCUUUUUGCUGUAUGUUGUUCGUCAAAUAUGUUCGGGGCGGACGUCCGAUGACACCCAUUCAGGUUUUUCGUUGAGCCAUUCACUCAGUUUUUUGUUAGAGGGGGUAGCUAACCCACCGACCGAACUCGCUGUGCUACCGUGCCAGCUACCGUUUGGCUCUUCGUGCACGACUCUUUGCUACACCCAAUCGUCCGUAUGUCGUCAACCAUACGUCUACGAUCUGUACUCACACAUCCAUUAUGUGUAUUCCCGUACAGAUCAGACUUACUUGAAAGUCGCAUGCCCGGUAUCGGUAGAUAGAGCGUAGACGUAUAGUUGGCAACGUAUGGCAGUCAGGUGUGACCGUGAGUCGUGCACGGAUAGCCAAAAGGUAAAGCGACCGCUCGCGAUAGGCGAGAAAUCCGGGUUCGAUUCCCGGUCAGCCACAAAUUUUCGUUUUCGUCAUUCCAUUCUACAGCUGACGGUAGUCAUUAUUAUUCGUAAUUGGGAAUUUAAUCUGUUGUGUUUAGUAACGGCUGUGGUCGCCGCAGUGAUCGUCAUCAGAAUAACAUUGGCACUGCAAUAUCGUCAAACUAAUAAUGUCACUCUGUAUCCAUGAAAAUAAAAUUUGGUUAACAGCAAAG